GGGACCAAGUUUGGCGGUAAAAAAGCUGUUCUUCUAGCUCUUGUUCUCUUGUAUGGAAAACUGAACUGGGAGGUCUACAGGCAAGAGUCACAGAUCGAGUCGUGUUCCUCUGUCUUGUCUAAGGGAUCAUCACAAGCUCAAAGAAGCUCGAAGGAACCUCUCGACUUCACUUAAACGUGGAAAAAGAGCAUUGGACCUACUUUUAUAGAGCUUAUUUAUUGAAGAAGCAAUACUUUAUAUCAGUAAACGGCAUACUUGUUACUGCAGCCAAUGCCCGGACAAAGGAUAGUAGCUUACCCAGCCGGCUACUCUAUUUAUUAAACUCAAACAAGAGUUUACUCCUGGACUGCAUAUUCAACUUAUGCAUUUUACUCACUGUAAACCAGGUAAUACAUGAUAGUUGUAUCUUCUGUUUAUAGCCCCUUCUGCCAGAAUAACUUAUUAGCUUGCGCAGGAGAUUGCUGCAGACAUAGUACUUGUUGCUUGCUUCAUUUUAGGAGCUAAUUUCUUGAUCAGCUAGCAAAGACUUCAUUGUAACUUGCUCCUGAAAAUGAUGCGGAUGCCAAAAGGCGUCUCUCCAGCAACGAACCGUGGGGCAGUUGGACUUUCGUGCCCUCAGCAGAGGACGAAAGUUUUGUCUACCGCAGGGGUAAAGACCGAGUUCUUCAGCACUGGACUGACCAGCCCACCGAUGAACACGGUACCGGCUGGCUACUUCACUCAGAUCUGCAAUACUACGGCGGCCGAACAAAGAAGCCACUGCCUGUACUCAACUCCCCAUGGACCCGAAGCUAAACCCAUCAGAGCAACCUCCGGGCGUUUGCCGGCAAAGAGGAAGCUGGACCUUGAGGACCCUCUCUACCUACCUGAGUUCCGCACGCCCAAAGGCAAAGGAACUGCUGCUGCCAGGAUACCCAGUCCCAGAACUCCCAAGUCACCGGGCGAACGGACCCGCUACGACACCUCUCUGGGCCUGCUCACCAAGAAGUUUGUGGGUCUGAUCGCCGAGUCGCCCGACGGCGUGCUGGACCUCAACUGGGCCACGGAGGUCCUGGAGGUGCAGAAGAGACGCAUCUAUGACAUCACCAACGUGCUCGAGGGAGUCCAGCUCAUCCGCAAGAAGUCCAAGAACAACAUCCAGUGGAUGGUGGGAGGCGUGUUUGAGGGAGGCUCCGGUGGCGGGGAGAAGGCCCGGGCCCUGAGGCGAGAGCUGGGGGACUUGGAGAGAGCCGAGAGGGCCCUGGAUGACCUGAUCCACUCCAGCAGCGCACAGCUCAAACAGCUCACCGAACAGAAAGACAACCAAAGGUUGGGCUACGUGACGUAUCAGGACAUCCGCUCCAUCACCAGUCUUCAGGACCAAACCGUCAUCGCUGUAAAGGCGCCGGCCGAGACCAAACUGGAAGUACCGGAAUCGUCUGGGGGCUCACUGCAGAUCUACCUGAAGAGUAAGAACGGCCCCAUCGAGGUGUACCUGUGCCCCGAGGAGGGUCUGGACGACGCCAGCCCUGUGAAGAGCGCCCUCACGCCCAGGAAGGUGUACCCCCAGCCCAUUGGGCCCUCUUCAGCGUGCGCCAUGGCGCCCCAGAGCUCCACAGUCAAGGAGGAACCCAUGGAGGCCACCAUCUCCAUCACAGAACCCACCACAGCCACUACCUCCUCCCUGGCUACAAGCGCCGUCUCCUCCUCCUCCACCUCCACCCUGCUGGACGUGGAGGGCCUGCUGGGGCUUCCUCCCAGCCUGCUCCAGAUGACCGAGGACCAGCUGCCCGGGACCAACUUCGUGGCGGACCCCAACACCCCCUUCGUCAGCUUCUCCCCGCCGCUGGACCACGACGACUACCUCUGGAGCCUGGAGGACAGCGAGGGCGUGUCCGACUUCUUCGACACCUACGACCUGGGAGACCUGCUCCGGAGCUGAGGGGGAGAGUCGAGGGGGAGAUGGGGUGUGGUAUGAGGGGUUGGGGGAGGUAAUAGGACAUUCUUUUACACUAUGAAGCCAUCGGUUUUCACGCUCUUUGUCAACUUUUUUUUUUUUUUUAAUGAUUUUAAUUCGGUAGUAGUUGUUUUGUACGUUGUACAUACUUUGGGAAGGGGGGUGGUUUGGGUGAGGGGGGGAGGAUUCACUCUGUUAGGAACUGUAGUUUUCCAAGCUAGGGGAGGGGCAUCUCAACAUGUUGGUUGAGGAGGUUUUUUAGUUUGUAUAUGUUCAAUAUGUUCAAAUAUUUUACGCAUCUUUCAUCAUCAGCAGCUAAAUAAUUUGUAUUUUGUUAUUUUUUGUUGUUGUUUAAAAUGUGAUCACUCAGGAAUUUUCAUUGAACCUUCUUUGUUUCCAAAGUCUAAAUGUGUUGUGCCAGUAUUUGGCCCAUAGGGGGCAGCAUUGUACCAUGACGGCUUUUAACUGCCUUUAAGCUUUACAGAACAGAAUCACUGGAUGAACCUGGGCCACCAGCCCACCAGAAACAGUUUACAGGGUAUGAUUUGGAAAGUGUAAAAAGCCAAUCUAAAAUGCUUGAUCAAUUGAAGGCCAACUGUUUUUUGCUCUGGGUAUGGUCUUAAUACGUUUUAUUUUAGUGCAAACCUCGGUAAAGAAGAUACCUCUUGAGAUGUCUAAAUAAGCCUUUUGAAUUGCUGGGUAUCCAGUAAGGGACAGUCUUACCUGCCUUGGGUCUAAUACAAGACAAAGUAGGACUAUUGUGUUCAAUCAAAACCAAAAGACUUCAAAAUCGUAUUUUAAUAGAAUAGAUACAAUCUGGGAAAGAGCAUAUAGGAUCAUUCUCUCUGGCAGCUGUUUCAUAUCGUGCUUCAAACCACACCUCUACAAUUUGGUGAACACGUACCUAACAUGGUAGGAGUUUUGUUAACUGGCCUUAUUUGAUUAUGUCAAUCGGCCUUCUGUUUGUGGUUUUAAACUCAUCUUUCUAUAGAAAUGUAAGAAUUCUAGUAUGCCGUAUGUGAGCUAAUAGCUGCAAUUGGGAUGAAAUUAAGAAUGAAUUUUGAUUCCACUCAUUUUGAAACUAAUACUGUUUCAAAAGUUUCUAAUUAAAUAUAAAUAUUCCCACCAUGGCGCCUCACGGUAGCAACUUGUACCAUGUCCCUGUAUAGAAUCUUUAUUUCUCAAUAAAUACUUGGCCACCAUACAUAACAUAUGGUUGGUUUUAUCCUUUUAAAAGUCCAAAGUGCCCCAAAAGUGCAAAUGGGGGACUAGGAUUUUAUUCAGACAGUGCAGACAUUUGGAUAACUAAAUAUCACACCAUAGGUCUUUUCUUGUUUUCCUUUUCCUGUGACUACAGGAGACUAGCUUACUGCCCUGUCCUAACAAAACUUGAAAUUGUGUGUUUUUGUGAGUUUUUGGUUGGAAUAUAGAAGUGUGUGUGUGUGUGUGUGUGUGUGUGUGUGUGUGUGUGUGUGUGUGUGUGUGUGUGUGUGUGUGUGUGUGUGUGUUUGUGGGUGCGCCCACAUUUGUUUGUGGUGUAUUUCGAUUUUUAUGAUCUAGAUUAGCGUAUGUGAAUUUCAUAAAUCUGUAGAAAGUUUUUCCAAUGUGCUUUAUUCUUUGAAUCUGUGUACAGAAUUGUUUUUGUAUUUAUACCCGAUUCUCUGAAUUAAAUUGGAAUGUUAUUAUUUACCAUUGUACAGAAGGCAAAACUGGAUUUGACAUUCAGCACUUAAUGUUCUAUAAUACUUUGUUGUCUGAUUGCUAUUUGACUUGAUUUAAUAAAUAUUUAAGCCAUGGUUUGCUGUUGAAAA